CUUGUUUUGAACGUUCUAGCAGCGGUGCAUUAUGGGUUACAAAAUGUCUCCUAAGAGUGCUGGCUAAUGCUAAUUUACGAAAGAGUCUGGCGAUUAAAUGUAUAUUUUUACCCUUUUUUACAGCGGUUAUAGUGGCAGUACAUAUAUCCCUGAUAUAGUAACUGUAUUCUGCUGACGCCAUGUCAACGAGAACGGAGUCCAGGGUGUCCAGUUCGAGCUCCAGAACCGAUGAACGGAGGAGAUCAAGGAGCACAGGUCGUGAAAAAACGAAGCGUAAACGCAGCCGCAGUAGAUCUUCCUCCUCGUCUUCUUCCAGUUCAUCGUCGUCAUCUUCGUCAUCUACAUCCUCAUCAUCCUCCUCUUCAUCCGGUUCAUCACACUCAUCCAGCCGCAGUCGGAGUAGCUCUAGCAGCAGCGACUCCCGUAGUAAAUCCAGAAAGCAGUCUAAGAAAAGGAAAAAGGAGAAAAAGCCCAAAAAACAGAAAGCAAAGAAAGAGAAGCGACAGAAACGUAAAAAAGGACAAGAAAACAACAAAAGAAGAAGAAAACACGGGACCUGUUCAAAUAUCCAAGUACUUGAAGGACAAGAAAAAGGGCAAGUUCAGCAUGAUUUCAGGGAAGAAGAUAAAGAUGAAAGUAAAGAAGUCAAAGAAAGACAAACAGCGGGAUAAAAAUCGAGCAGAACUACUGGACUUCUUGAACUCAACCCUGUGAUGCCGCUAUGGACAGCAGUCAUGGCUCGGUCUCGGAAAACUCUGCAGAAGUCAGGAAACAACAAUUUGGAGAACAACAAUGAAGAGUUCUCUGAGAAAGAAACAACGAGAUGCAUCUUGCAGCAGCAAGCCUGACGGAGCGCACGAGCUCUCGCAGUGAAGUAUUGAGACGCGUUCGGACCACUACCUUCCUUUUUCACUGGGCACUUCCCAGGUGGCCAAUUCUUCAGCUUAGUCUGAUAGCUUUUUGUGAUAUGAAAAGUGUUUAUGUUUAGCAGUGUCAUCCAAAAUUGUGUCUGUAACCAAGCUUUGGUCGUUUGGUCACCUCUGAUUUAGCAUUUCCCGGACUCAUAAUGGACCAGAGAUAUUGUCUUUUUUAUUUCUUGCAUUUCUCUUCUUGUCAAAAUAGACACCUACAUUACCCACAAGGCAACUCUCCUGCCGACAGUUUGGCUGGGAAUUGGGGAAUGCUAUGCUAGUAACCAGAUGCUAGUGGUGAGGAGUAGGCUACACAGGUCUGGUAAGCUCUCUUUUCAAAUCUGCACCCCAGAUUAUUUACAAACCUCUCCUUUUUAAAGGUUAAAUAUUUGUUUUAACUUCCUGGCUCUGUCAAUCACUUAUGUCCACAUUACCACAUGUAAGAACGCCCAUACAUGUAUUAAUUUCUGUAGAUAUUAAAACUGUUAUGUUUCCAAAUAAAUGUUGGCUGUGAGAGCCAAAGUGUUAUCAGUGAUAACUGAUAUUUAAUAUGUACAUUUUGUUUAAAAUGAUUGAAGAAUUGACUGGUUUGAUGGUAUCUGUAUUGGUAUUACUGUCUUCCUCAUUACCCCCAUAUUCUGUAAUGAAUAUUUUUCAACAUCAGACAUUUAUUAAAUUGAAAUAUAAAAAUA